AGAGGGCCUCGUGGGCGAGUCGUGGUGGGUAAACUUAGGAACUUAAAAUUUUAAAUUUUUUUUGAGCAUGAAUUCCAUGAUUAUUAUUUUGAAUUUCAUUCCAGCUUAGUGUCAUUAUUCUCAGUUUAAGGAUGCAGGUGCUUGAUCCGAAUAACGUCAAAGUCUACAACUUGAGUGCAGGCAAAUCCUUGCCAGACUGGCUGUCUGACAGGAAGAGGCGUGCACUUCUCAAUAAAGAUGUCGAUAUCCGACAAAGGAUAGAGCUCAUUCAGGACUUCGAAAUGCCAGGUGUCAGCACCUCAAUAAGAAUGUCAAGAGAUGGGAAUUACAUAAUGGCAGCUGGAAUUUAUAAACCACGAAUAAGGUGUUUUGAGGUUGACAAUUUAGCCAUGAAGUUUGAGCGUUGUUUUGAUGCAGAAGCAGUCACCUUUGAAAUCUUGUCCGACGAUUAUAGCAAACUUGUGUUCCUUCAAUGUGAUCGGUCCAUAGAAUUCCAUGCCCAGUAUGGCAGGUACCACAGGCUAAGGAUACCUAAAUACGGCAGAGAUAUGAAAUAUCAUUAUCCCAGCUGUGACCUCUAUUUAGUUGGUGUCAGUUCUGAUAUCUAUCGAUUGAAUCUAGAGAGGGGACAGUUUCUGAAUCCUUUUGUGUCCGAAGGAAGUGAGCUGAACAAAAUUGCCAUGAACCCAGUUCAUGAUCUGAUCAUCGUUGGUACAAAAGAAGGUCGCAUCGAAGCGUGGGAUCCUAGAGCUCGAGAUAGAGUCAGCUCGCUUGACUGUUCAAUGAGUUGCAUGACUGAUAACAGUAUAGAAAUAGAGGAGUUUCCCUCAGUCACUGCUUUACAAUUCAACGGUGCAUUAACUCUUGGUGUUGGAACUGCAACGGGACAAGUUUUACUCUAUGAUAUUAGAUCAGAUAAGCCGUUCAAAGUCAAGGAUCACAUGUAUGGACUUCCCAUAAAAAAUAUUGAUUUUUGUCAAGAUCAAGUUCUCUCUAUGGAUUCUGCUAUUUUAAAAAUAUGGAAUAGGAAUACGGGUUCUUUGCUCACCUCAAUUGAAGCAGGAAACAAUACGGAGUUCAAUGAUCUAUGUCUUGUCCCAAACUCUGGAAUGAUGUUCAUGGCAAAUGAAAGCAACAAAAUCUUGACAUACUACAUUCCUAGUUUGGGUCCUGCCCCCAAGUGGUGCGGCUUCUUAGAUAGUCUUACAGAAGAGCUUGAGGAAAGUAAUCUACAGACAAUUUAUGAUGACUACAAAUUUGUCACCAAGAAGGAGCUGGAUGAUCUGGGAUUGGGGCAUCUAAUAGGAACAAAUCUUCUGCGAGCACACAUGCACGGAUAUUUCAUGGAUGUCAGACUAUAUCGUAAAGCCAAGUCUAUAGCUGAUCCAUUCACAUUUGAGGAAUACAAACGCAAAAAAGUCCGUGAAAAGAUCGAAGAAGAGCGCACCAACCGAGUGCAAAUCAACAAAUUACCAAAGAUUAACAGAGAACUCGCAAUGAAACUGAUGGAAGAGAAGGAGAAUGAGAAAAAUCAAAAGAGAGCGAAGAGUGCGGGUAAUCUUUUGCAAGACAAUCGAUUCCAAGCACUCUUCCAGAACCCAGACUUUCAAGUCGAUACGAAUGCUGAGGAAUACAGGUUGCUGAAUCCAGUUUUGACCCGAUUAGAUAAGAGCAAGAAGAAGCAGCUGAAGAAGCAUGCUAUAGAGGAGCAAUUUGAUAUGGUUGAUGAUGAGGCGGAAGGCAAGGGCACUUCUGACGACAGUGAAAUCGAGUAUGAAAGUUCUGAUGAUGAGAAGGAGUGGGCCAAAGAUGUGAAGAAACAGCAUAGGCUGAUUAAGAAAGAAAAACGGCUGAAAGCAAUGAUGGAAGAGGAUGAGGAUGCAGAGAGUGAUGAUUUUGAAGAAUCAGAGAAGCCUCAGCCAAAAUUCUUUGAACUCAAAAGUGGGGAAGAUUAUGCUGGUCCAAAUUCAAUUAAUGCGAAGAAAGAAAAUCUGAAAGAUUUACCCCUUGAAGAACGACUCAAAAGAGAAAUGGCAGACUCUGUUAAUUUAAUCACAAGCAACUGUAGAGAAAUGACUUUCACCAUUAGCAAGCCCUCAAAAUUCAUCAAGGACGAAAAUAAUGCAUCAAAACAUAGAGAUGAAAGAAAAAAACUUGUUCGGAAGUUCCCUAGCAAAUUUUCAAAUUCUAAAUCUAAAUCGAAGUUCUUCAAAGGCAAAAGGUGAUCUGUGUAAAGCAGAAAUCAAGUUGUGUAACUCUCCUUCAAUUUUUUUUUCAAUUUGAUUGUUAUCAGAUUGAUUUUAUCCUUUUUUUGUUCUAAUUUCAUGUACGAUUUUGCAAAGAUUUUCUCACGAUUUUUUAUGAAAUUAUCCAUCAUUGACACUACACACAUAAAAUAAAGAACUAUCAAGAACUUA